AUGGUUGCAUUCACAGGGCGAUGCAAGGGGGACAAGAUGCUGACUGUGGGGUUGGUCAUUCUGGUGUGGAUCCUCUAUUUCAAGAUGUCCUGGCCUGACAGCACCAUCUUUCGGCCACCAGCACCCCGCCCUGCAUCUAAAUCUGCCUCCGUGUCCACAGAAUCUCCCUCCCUCUUGUACUCUCUCCCUCAGGAGCUUGCCAACCUGACCCAUCUUCUGUUCUGGCCUCCAACCCCAGGAGAUGGGGGGAACCUUUUGGCUUCCACCAGCCCCCGGACCUCUACCUACCACCUGAGGGGUCCUGCCCAGGCCACUUAUGCCCUAGGAGGCUACCUGGAGGCCAUCCUUGUGGCCAGAGACCAUCGGGGCAAGCCCAAGACCCACGGCGGGGAUCUGUUUCGGGUACAGCUGUUGAGUCCUGACUUGAAGGCAGGGGUUCCUGGGGAUGUCCAGGAUCUGGAGAAUGGCACAUACCUGCUGUUCUUCCCCCUGCUCUGGGCUGGGCAGGCCCAGGUGCAAGUGCGGCUGAUCCACUCCAGUGAGGCAAUUGGGGUUCUGCGAAGAAUCUGGAGAGAGAAAAGGGCCACAAUUGAUUUCAGAGGGUAUUUCCGGGGACCUACAGGAACUGAAGAGACUGUGAUUUGCAAUGUUGACCCCCAGGCAACUGGAGCAACAGGGCCUAUCUGCCAGUACAGAGAUGUGGAUUCGGGUGAGCUCUGGUUCUGUGCUCAACCCCCUACCCUGCCCUGCAACUCUUUAGUUGGGCAUUCGAGUGGGCAUUACUUGAAUGUGACUACACUACAUGAUGAGGCCCUGCUGGCAUGGAAAGUGACAGACAAGGUGCUCCCUCGGGGCAUUUCUCCAAUCCAGAUCAGAAUGGGAGCCCUAGAGAACAGCAACCUGGCCCUGCUCCCACGACGCCCAUGCCGUCCUGGGCUCCCGUCUGUAAAGCCCUCUGGCUUCUACCACCGAGACGUGUGGCACUCGCUGUCCUGCUCUAGCCGCUCCUUCUCUACUGUGGAUAACAUCCUGGGCUGCCUGGCUGGCCGCAUUGUCCACAUGAUGGGAGACUCCACGCUUCGGCAGUGGUGGGAGUAUCUGCUGCACACUGUGCCCUCCCUGAAGCCGGUGGAUCUACAUGUCCCAUAUCAGACAGGGCCUCUGAUGGCCGUGGAGACAAAUCGGGGCAUAGUGCUGAACUGGCGGGCCCACAGCUGGCCCCUGCGCUCCCGCCGCACACCAGUGGCCUCCCUGCACUCUGUGGUCCGGGAGCUGGGGGGCCUGGCCGGGGGCCCCCAAACCGUGGUGGUGCUGGGGCUGGGCGCUCACUUCACCACCUUCCCUCCAUCCAUCUUUGUGCGAAGACUGGCAGGGAUCCGGGCAGCUGUGGCUGCGCUGCUGGCCCGGGAGCCCCACACUCUCGUGGUCAUCAAGCUGGCCAACACCGGCUACAAGUCUGUGUAUGGCAGUGACUGGUUCACCCUCCAAAUGAACCGGCUCCUCCAAGCUGCCUUUGCUGACCUCCGCGUGGCCUUUGUGGAUGCCUGGGAAAUGACCUCCAGCCUGGCGCUGCCUGACAGCAUCCACCCUGGGCAACUCAUUGUCCGUAAUGAGGUGGACUUUCUCCUCUCCUUCAUCUGUCCGACCUGA